AUGUCGUUUCAUGGCUACGAUCCCGGGGAUCGUAACAUAGCUCUGGUGGGUAUUUCACCCAAGGCUCCAAGGUCGAAGUGUGCAGCAGAGAAAAAGGAAGCUGUUCUUAAAUUUGUUAUGUCAUUGAUUGUUCAAGAGAAGUUGCAAGAAACGGAUAGAGAAAUAGAAAAUAAAUGGGCAUAUGUGGAUGGUAAAAAGAUGGAGGUGUCAUGCUAUCGAAUUGAACCACCUAGACUAUUUAUAGGCCGUGGGAAGCACCCAAAGAAUGGAAUGUUAAAAAGACGAAUCAACCCAAGUGAUGUUAUCAUCAACAUUGUAUCUCCAAUUUGGAAGAAAGUUGUACGCGAUCCUCAUCUUAAAUGGCUCACAUAUUGGAAAGAUUCAAUUUCCGGGAGAAGAAAGUACAUGAACUUGAAAUAUUGCAGCAGUAUGUUUGACAUUUCAAAAUUUAACACCGCGAGGGAACUAAAGAUCAAUCAAGCAAAGAUCAAGCAACAAUACACAGUGGAUUUCACAAGUCCAAAUCUUGUGGAUAAGCAAUGUGCAAUUGUUACAUAUCUUAUUGAUACAUUAGCUUUAAGACCUGGACAUGUUAAGGACGAACAAAUUACUGCACCUACUGUUGGAUGUUGCACGUUAAUGGUGAAAAACUUUCGCUUUACUGGGAAAACAUCAGUCGACUACGAGAAUGAGGUUGAAGUUGAAAACCUUGUAUUUAAUUGCAUUAAAGAAUUCCAGCUUGGUGAGUAG